CCUAGCCAGAGCCCCCCCUCCCCCCACUCCCCAAGUAUAUUAAACAGAAAGAACUUGCUCUGAUAUGGUGUAAUUUUGCGUUUUUUGUGGAUAUGAGAGCAGCAGUCCGUACUGAACAGUUAAUAAGCAUACACAGAGCAUCGGUGUCAAUAUGAUUAGCUGUUUACAUCGUGGGACGAGACGUCACUACAGCAUUACCACUGAGAAGUCAGAGUAGUGGAUGCCAAGGCGCCUAAUUAUCUACCAAACAAAGCAUUUACACAAGAAACGAUUAUCAUAUCAGAACUCACUCAUGAAAAUAAUGUAAGAAAAUAAACCUCCAAACAAAUAACGCUGAUUAGUCGUCAAUAUUAACACGAGCGGAAGGUUUACAAUAUUUUCCUGUGUUUGGGUCAUUAAAUUAAUAGAUACUGUACAGGUAUUAUUCUCAUCUUAAUUGUAUUUAUACAGGUACAUAAACAUUGAAGAAGGCAGAAUGGGAAGAAUUAGACUACGUACAUAAGAAAUAAGAUGGCUCAGCAAUUGAGACAGUCAGUGAAGAGCAUACAACAAAGUGCAGCAUAUACAAUGGAGAAAAAUUACCGGUAAUGACUGCUGAGUGAGUCAGGGAGUGUUUAAUAUGGCUCAAGUUCAAUCAGGGAAGGAGGAGAAUGUUAAUGGAGGAAAAAGAGGUGGCAUUCAAAUCUUGAUACACUCAAAGAAGCAGAUAACCUCAGUGGACACCUUGCCGAGACCUGCACGUCCACAUUCCAAUGGUGCUUUAUGGGAUAAUGGAAGGUCAGGCAGGGGUGAUGCUGCCUCACACUCUAAGUUUAGUGAAAAUAUUGUAAUACAGUCACAUAAAGAUGAAACUCGUCCCUCAAAUAGCAUGAAUUUACAAAAUAUAGAAAACCAAAGAGAAGAAUCAAUUUUUAUGCCAGAAAUAGCAUCCAGCAGUGAGCUGACACCCAGUAGUGUACUCAGGUUAACAAAACACCCAGAGACAGAUAAACUGUCAGUCCACAGUUUAAGUAUAACAGAAGACAAGGUUAUAAAUAAAAACACUUACGAUGAAGAACUAGUCUUGGAGAAUAGGGAAGAGAGUAACAUUGAUACUUCACCAGUUAACAACAAACCAAAAAGGAGAAGAGGCCGACCUCGAAAAGGUGAAUGUAGUGCAGAUAAGGGAGAUGAUGUACUUCAUACUUGUAAAAGAAUUGUUAAAACAAAGAGUAGGACAGUAAUUCAACCGGGUGAGUGUAACUGUGUGUGUAACCAUUUAAUAAGAGAUGGCAACAGAGAGAAUUCAAUUUAUCAAGAUAUUGCAAGUGACUCCGCACCAGAAAAUAUUGUUCAAGAGCAGAAUACAAGUAUUAGUAGUAGAAAACGUCUUGAAGGAAACUUUGAACAUGUAAAAGACUAUGUGUGUGCUUCAUUGCGGGUCCGAGAUCCUUAUAAACCUUGGCGAAAGAACCAUGAAGUAGUGAAUGGCAAAGCUAUUGUUCCCGAGUACAAGAUUCAGGCAUUCGAGCGUCACAAACGAUCGAUGGAAAUGCAAGCCAGCCAGAGGUACAGUGUCUUCCAUACCUGGGAGAGCGUUCUGGCCUGCAAAAACAGAGUGGAAGAGGAGACCAGAUCUAAAUACAACCUUUACUCUAGAACAAAUACCUUCAAAGAUGACAAACCCAAACCAUAUAAAAGAGUCCUGUUUGAGUUAAAACGUUCAAAGGGUGAUGCAGUUGUAGUCCCUUGCAGUGGAGUUCCUUUGAUGUGGAUUGGUAAUCAAGUCUAUACCUGUCACCUUGGUAAACCACGAUUCAAAACAAAAACAAAACUAUCUUUGGCUAAGAAGAACCAUCAACAGGUUGAUGACUUUGACUCAGACAGACCAAAGAAAAACACUCCUUCAAAAAAAGUUGGCUGCCCUGCAACAUUUUCUGUGACAAAAAUAGCCAGGUUUCCAGAUUUUGAGUUAACUGACGAGAGUAAAUGCAGAAGUACAGUUUCCGCUGAACUACGCAACGCGUGGACAAAAACUCCAGAGAAAGUCCGCUACUAUAUUGAAUACCAUGUUAAGCGACCCCGACUGGAGGACCACCAGGGACACAUCUUUAAUAAGACUGGUAGUGCCAAAUUCCAGGAGCCCAUCGAUCCAAGAAUUAUACAAAAGAUUCGUGACCUUUCCUAUGAAGGAGUAACAGAAAUGAGACACAUGAUGGAACACAUAUCUUCCUUCAUCAGGGAAGAAAUAUUCAAAGACUGUCAACUUCCACCUCCUGAACGUCGACGAUACAAUCCCAGUGUUCAGGACUACAGAAAUACAAUGAAAAGGGCUCGUUUAGAGUUGCAGAGAGCAGGUAGAAGUGUGGUCGAAAUUCAGUGUUCUUCAUUGAUUAAAGACCUUGGCGAGGCUAUUAGGACAACUUGUAAUGAGGAAUAUUUGAAUCAGUUGAAGGAGCUUCUCACCCAACUUCUUACAACUGUACGAGAUGGAGCACCUCUGGAUCCAUACCUAGCUUGUCAACCUAAAACUACUGCACAACUGACCACUGGCUCAGUUAAAAAGAGGAAACCAAAGAGAAUUAAACCAGAUGUCUCGGUAACACCAUCGGCAGUAACUAAGAGUCGGUAUUCUUUUUAUACCUCCCAGCCUGAACAAGCAACACAGGUUGAGCUGCCACAAGACCCAGAAACACAGCUUGAUGGAGUUACCCAGAUAUACUAUUACCAGCAGAUGGCACCGGGGGAAGAGGUUUACGGUACAGAAGUUGUAGAUUCAGCCGUGUUGUAAUAUUUUGUUAAACUGAAAUAAAUAUUACGGUCUUGUCA